AUGGACCUCGUUAACAAGAACAUUGGUGAACUCCAAAUACUUGACCCCACACAGUCAGUCUUUGUCAACGGGAGAUUUGACAUGCUUGCAUAUCGCUAUAUCCUAGCCAUGAUUUUUGCAGUUGAGGAGAUUAAUAGAGAUUCCAAGCUAUUACUGAAUGUGUCUUUGGGAUUUUGGAUUGUUGACUCAUGCUUUUCAAGAGAACGAGCACUUCUGGGAACUCUAAUGUUUUUAACAGGAAGGCAAAUUCCAGUUUUGAACUAUCAUUGUGACCCCACCUCAUUGUUACCUGCUAUAAUUGGAGAUGGACCUUCAGCAUCUUCUCUGACAAUGGCUACAGUACUAGGCCUUUAUAGGUUUCCUCAGAUCAGCUAUGGUUCAAUGACUUCUCUGCUUAGUGAUAAAUCAGUGUUCCCUUCUUUCAUGCGGACUGUUCCAAAUGAUGCAUUUCAUGCUCUCGGCAUAGCUCAGCUGUUUAUUCACUUUGGUUGGACAUGGGUAGGAAUUCUAGCCUCUGACAAUGAUUAUGGUAUACCUGGUAGCCAGGCUCUCAAAAAGGAAAUUAUCAAGGAUGGAGGUUGCAUUGCAUUUACAGAGAUGGUCACUAAGGACAAGGUGAAGAUUCCUUCCAUCAUUAAUGUGAUUCAGCAGACAACAGCAAAUGUUAUUGUGCUAUACUCCAGUGCCGAGAAUAUACUUCCCCUGCUGGAAGCUUUAUCCAGUCAGAGUAUAACAGGAAAAGUAUGGAUCAUACCAGCUGCUUGGCAGGUAUCUCCACAGGUUCUCAACUUGAAGAUUCUAAAAACAUUUAAUGGCAGCAUUGGGUUUUCUCUCCAUAAAGGUAAGAUACCUGGACUUAUGGAUUUUUUGUACAGUAUCCACCCAUCCUUCUUUCCAAGUGAUAUCUUUAUGACAAUGUUUUGGGAAGAAGCCUUUGACUGUAAGUGGCCAGUGGCUGGGAAAAAUCUCACAGCAGCUAAUUUACUACCGAGUGCAAAAAAGCCACUUUGUACUGGUCAUGAAAAUUUGCAUAGCCUCGAUGUAUCUUUGUAUGAUGUGUAUAAUUUUACAUAUGUAUUCAGCACAUACAAUGCAGUAUACACAGUGGCACAUUCCCUUUACAAUAUCCUUUCAUGUAAGGAUGGACAAGGUCCUUUUCGGAAUGGACAGUGUGUGGAUUUGCAUCAUUUCCAGCCUUGGAAGGCCGUGGUUCUAUUUAAUAACAAUUUUGGAUACACUAUGGAUCUUAAAAAGUUACUUUUGGAUCUAUCAUCGGAUAAAGAUGAUAUUGCAGCAUUUGGCAUUGGUGAUGACACCACUGUAUCAGGGAAUAUGAUCUCUUUAAAACCUGAACAAAAAUGUGAACAACAAUUUGCUGCGCUAAAUAAAAACAUGAAGGCACUGAGAUCUUGUGUUUGGCAUCACAAAUUACUAAAAGCCUAUUUGGUAAAGGGCAUUUGCCCUAGGGGUCUCAGAGUGAAAAUACAGCCCUUGGUGGCCAGCCCUGAUGAGAAUUUACUUACGGAAUGGACCUCUAUCCAACAGGAAUGCUCAAUGAAGUUUGUGAAAUCUCUAUCUGAUUAUUACACUAGAAUCAUUGAGAGUGAAACCACUUUAGUUCUUAAGUCUAUUGAGGAGUGCAAUCAUUAUCAAAAUGAAACUUUUUUUCCCACUUUAUUAACAAAAUUGAGUACUGAACUGUUAAGUUUUGAUACUAUUCUGAAAGAAAGAAAACUCAAAAAGUUUUCUCGUGACCUUUCAGAUUAUGGUAAGGGACAACCGUUCAAGAAUAUUAGGCAUGUUCGAUUCCAAGAAGGACAUAAUGCAAACAAACAAUUUUCUAAAUCUAAAAGGAAAAGUCCACGCUCCAUAUUAAAAGGGCAUAGUAACAAUACUGAGUCUACUGACUUUGAAACCUCGUCUGGCACAGAUACUGACACACAGUCCACCAUUGAUUCCCCCACCCCCAAACGUAAAAACUAUGUAUCCCCUUUAGGGAACACAGAGGGAGGAGGAGGGGGGGCAGGAAGCAUAGAAAAAGUCACCAGUCUUCAGAAUUUGUUGGAGAUAUUGACCAAAAAACUCAUCAACCUAAAAUUGUUUUUCCAGGAUCGAGAUGAUCCAGAAUACUUACAAAUGGAAUCCUUCAAAUAUCACACCUCCAAGUUCAAUCCCCCUAUGCAUCCAACUGUUAACCUCUUAUUGCGAAGUGUACUUAAUGAGUUACAUUUUAAGCAUAACUAUGAUAUACCUAUGUCCAAUAACAUUACUGAUGGUGAAAAAUCUUGUCUAGAGGAACUUGUACGUAAUAAAGAUUUGGUAAUUAUCAAUGCAGACAAAGGAGGGGCAGUGGUAGUGUUAGAUUGGAGUGACUAUGACACUGAAGCACAUAAACAACUUAAUGAUGUUAAGUAUUAUACAAAAAUGCCACUGGACCCCACCUCAGUUUUUAAAAAGGAUAUUGAUGAUUUUCUGAACUCUGCUGUUGACAAUGUUUCUUCAGCAAUUAAUGAUAAUAUACUGAGGGGUGUAUGUGGGAGAGUGAAUGUCCAAGUUGUCUUGUGUUAUAGUAACAAAGGGCUUUUUAAGUUGCUUCAUUAUGCCAGAAAUGUCCAUUUCAACAACAGUGCUGGUGAAGAGAUGUAUUUUGACAAGAAUGGUGACCCUCCGCCAAUAUAUGAUAUCCUUAACUUCUCUUUCUUCCCAGAUGGGACCAGCAGAUACAUCCAAGUUGGUAGGUUUGACAACACAGUCCAAGGAAAGCCAGAAAUCAGUAUCAAUGAAGGAGAUAUUUUAUGGAAUGAACAAUUCAAGCAGGUGCCAUCUUCUGUCUGCAGUGAAAGCUGUUCUCCUGGCUACCAAAAGGUUUCUCGUAGGGGUCAGCCGCUCUGCUGCUUUGACUGUUUUCUUUGUUCAAAGGGAGAAAUCUCCAACCAAACUGAUGCUGUGAACUGCAUGAAAUGUUCAGAGGAUUAUUGGUCAAAUGACAAACGAAACAAGUGUAUUCCAAAACAUCUGGAAUAUCUUUCCUAUGAAGACCUUUUUGGAGGUUCACUGUCUUUUUGCAGUGGUGUCUUCAGCUUUAUGACAAUUUCAAUUCUCUGCAUUUUUCUAAAAUUCAAGGACACUCCAAUAGUCAAAGCAAACAACUGUGAGCUUAGCUACCUUCUAUUAAUAGCUCUUACACUCUGCUUCCUCUGCUCCCUGCUUUUCAUUGGUCAACCUACAAAACUGACCUGCAUGUUCCGUCAAGCGAUAUUUGGUUUGAUAUUUUCUCUUUGUGUAUCAUGUGUUUUAGCCAAAACAGUCACUGUAGUGAUUGCCUUUAAUGCCACAAAACCUGGCAGCAGGUUAAGGAACUGGGUUGGACCAAAGGUUUCCAACACUGUUGUCAUCUUUGGAAUAUCAGUUCAAGUAAUCAUAUGUUUUGUUUGGCUGUUCAUGUCUGCCCCAUUUCCAUAUUACAACAAGACAUUGGAAGAUGGAAGUAUUAUAAGUGAGUGCAAUGAAGGCUCAGUGAUUGCAUUUUGGAGCAUGCUGGGUUACUUGGGCUCACUAGCCAUUAUUUCCUUUGUGGUUGCCUUCCUAGCCAGGAACUUACCUGGCAGCUUCAAUGAGGCCAAAUACAUUACCUUUAGCAUGCUUGUUUUUGUCAGUGUGUGGCUGUCAUUUAUUCCUGCAUACCUGAGCACCAGGGGGAAGUACGUGGUGGCUGUGGAAAUUUUUGCCAUCUUGGCUUCUAGUACUGGAAUGCUGGGCUGUAUAUUCUUACCUAAGUGUUACAUCAUAAUAGUGAGGCCAGAACUGAACACCAGGGGAUAUAUGGAGCUUCAGGAAAAAAAAGAUAACGGUAAGAAGAUGUAA